UGGACGUUUCCUACAACAGACAUGUCAGCCUCCAGUUCAUAGAGAGUGAUUUUACUUGACAGAAUUGAACUCCACGAUGGUUUUUGUUAACUCACAACCCUCCAGCACGGGCACCAUCCUUCGUGUCAGAGGGCCGCUGGAGCUCAAAUGUCAGCUGGACAGCACAGACGUGUCGCUGAUGCACAAGGUGAUCUCAGGAACAUUUGAGACUCUUCGCUCCCAGGUGAAAUCUGAAUCUUGUAUUUUCACGGUCUGUGACAGUCCUGUUAUUAUUUGGCCAAACAAAGGUGUCAGUGCAAUACCUGGAGAAAUAACUCCAAACACACUGUGUGAAGAAAUACAUCAGUGGGUGCAGACAGAUGAACAGGAAAGCUUUGGGAAGAAAUCUGGAAAAAAGAAAAACAAAAAAAGUUCAACAGUGAGUGUCAUAAACCUUCACCUGAUGAUGGAGCUGACAAAGCCAGGCCCUCUCUCAGCUCCCAUCCUCAGCAGAACAGUCAAGAAAUCUCAUUUCCUCUCUACGGCUCUUCCCAUAGACUGUGUCAUCCAUACCAGCUGCAACGAAACAAUCAAAGAUGUCUGUGAGCGCCUGCUGGAGACGCUAACUCAUCAGCUGCAUGAGAUGGAGAAAGUGACCUUGCAACAUAUGAAAGGGACAUCACUUCUCGUCCCUGAGGUGUUCCACUUUCUUCUUCCGGAGCCUAAAGGACUAGUGACUGUAGUUUACCCAGCAGGAGUGCCUGACAGCCAACUAGAGACGCAACGUAAGGAAUUGCAUCAACAGUUUGAGCUAUCAGAGGACAGGCCUUAUUUUAGAAGAGUCAACGCGUACCACUUUCCCAAUGAACCCUACAGAGAUGGUUAUCUCCGAAACCCUCAUCUGGUCCUCACACAUCCUACCCUGGAUGAUGGAAAGGUGUACUUGGUCCAGGGGAUCUAUAGCUAUCACCACUACAUGCAGGACCGUAUGGAUGACAAUGGCUGGGGCUGUGCUUAUCGCUCCCUGCAGACCAUCUGCUCCUGGUUCCAGCAGCAAGGCUACGUAGAGCGGUCUGUGCCCACUCACAAAGACAUCCAACAGGCCUUAGUGAAUGUUGGAGACAAGCAGGCAUCCUUUGUAGGAUCACGCCAGUGGAUUGGGUCCAUUGAAGUUCAGGCUGUUCUGAACCAUCUGCUCGGGGUCACUUCCAAGAUCAUGUUUGUGAGUCAGGGGUCUGAGCUGCCAUCCAAAGGCAGAGAACUGGCCAACCACUUCCUCACCGAAGGGACUCCUGUCAUGAUUGGAGGGGGAGUUUUAGCUCACACUAUUCUGGGUGUGGCAUGGAGUGAAACCACGGGGCAGAUCCGCUAUCUCAUCCUAGACCCACAUUACACAGGAGCAGAGGACCUACAGGCCAUCACAGACAAGGGCUGGUGUGGCUGGAAAGGACCAGAGUUUUGGGAUCAAACUGCGUAUUAUAAUCUCUGUCUGCCUCAGAAGCCAAAGAUCAUCUGAGGCCUCACAUCCUUUCAGAUUUAUUGUUUGGCAUUGGUAAAGCAAAUGAAAAACUUAGGAGUGACACUAUAAUCCCUUUGUUUUAUAGGUGUCUAUGUGUCCAGUUUUGCAAAUUUAAGUAACUUCUGUAAUGAUGUUAAAUUCUUGUAAUAUACCCUUUCGGUUUUGGUGAAGCCUUACGUAAAUUUUUGUUUUUGUAUCAAAAGUUUUAUGUUACCGAACGAACCCAUCACGACUGAAACAAAACAUGGCCUUGAUUCCCAUCGCAAGUAAGCUCCCAUAUGCAUCUGUUUGAUGUGAACACCACCACCUUCUCAACUACAUUAUAUGGCUGAUUUUACAAAUGAUUAAAUUGUACAGUGUAUUUUAUCAUGCCCUCAAUUAUGUUCACAAUUGUUCUUUUAAGUUUGUUCUAAGUUAGAGACUGGAGCUAAAACAAUUAGUUGAUUAUUAGAUUAGUCAGUUCAACACAAAAUGAGCCUGCAAAAAUAAGAAAUCUAUGCUUUGGGAAAUUAUAAUGGACCUUUUUCACUGUUUUCUGACAUUAAAUAGACAAUAAAAUAAUUCUUAAUUGUAGCCCUAGUACAGAAAACCAAAUAACACAGAUCCUAAACACCCACUGGACAUCUGUCAGUUGUUUUUUUUCUGAAUACCCACAUUUAAGUAUUAUUGCUUUGUAUUGAGUUGUAAACUAAAAAAUAAUUUGGAUAUUUGCUAAUGAAUAAAUUACAGUGAAGUUACAGUAAUUCUCAUUUUGCUCACCCAUUGGAUACAUUUAAAUGACCCUGGACGCUGGACUCCCUUGGUCCCACUCUUACUCACUCCCUCUAAUUGACUUUUCACAACCAGUAAGUUGUCAGAUUCAGAUGGAUAUAUUUCUUUUCCCACCAGCGAACAUAAAGAAAUUUUGAGAAAUUAAUUUUAUGAAAAAAAAAUCUUUCAAUUUUAUACUUUUGUCACUCUGAGAUUUCUUAUCCAUGAGU